AUGUGGGAUAUCGGUGGUCAAGAAAGUUUGAGAAGUUCUUGGUCAUCUUACUAUUCUCAUACAAACGUGAUGGUUGUGGUAAUUGAUAGUACAGACGCGCCUCGGUUACCGUUAUUGAAGCAACUUCUCUACGAAAUGUUGGAGCAUGAGGACCUAGCAAAAGCAUCUUUGUUGGUAUUGGCAAACAAACAAGACAAAGAGAACGCCAUGUCAGCAGCUGAGAUCUCCAGCGAUUUGGGGCUCCUUUCAAUGAAAGACAGAAAAUGGCAAAUACACGGCUGUUCCGCUAUCAAAGGCGAAGGGCUUAGUACUGCAUUGGAUUGGAUUGCUCACAACAUCUCUUAA